GGGAUUAUGCAACAGCGCCCGGGGGAUCACCAAUAAUAAGGGGGAAAGGGGUCUGAGGUGCAUAUUAAAACCAAGAUGUCUGCCGCCUUUUGGGAUGUAGAUGCCAUUCGCUGGCUACCAUCCCACCCCCAUCGGUCCAAGGCUUCCCCCGGGUGAUCAAUACUCGCGAUGCAGUUCCUCCACUUGUCGACUGCCGUCUUGGCAUGCCUGUCCUCAGCCGUCGUGGCUCACGGCAACCACCAUCCUGUCCGGGAUGUUGCGGACAGCACAUUGGAGGUGACUCUGGAGGCGGCCUCGCCCAGUGAUGCGACAAACAUCAAGGCGACCAUCAAGAACGUGGGUAGCCAGGAGGCUAGGCUGCUCAAGGUCGGCACGGUUCUCGACGAGAGGCCUGUCAAGAAGCUGACAGUUCUCGACUCGAAUGGCUCCGAAGUGCCAUUUUUGGGAAUCGAGCUCAGCCUCCUGACCGAGGCCCUCGAGCCCCGGCACUACGAGCCUUUGGCCCCCGGCUCAUCCAUCUCCCGCCAGCUGGACGCCACCUUUGUGCACGACUUUGAGCCGGGGACAUAUAGCCUUGUGCUGGAGGGCGUCUUGCCCACCGAGUCCGGCUCGCCAAUCGCCUACAGGUCCAACACCAUCACGCUCAACCUCGCCACGGGCUCCGUCGCCACCAUGCGCAAGAUGGCCGAGAAGCGCACCACGGUGAUGGAGCCGUGCUCCAACCGGACCGUGGUCGACGAGACCGUGUCCAACUGCGGCAAGCUGGCGCGCGCGUCCGCCGCCGACGCCGCCGACGUGCACUCGCAGCGCUUCGUCGAGUACUUCAAGACCAACGCGACGGCGGCCCGGGAGCAGGUGGUGCGGCGGCUCGAGGCGGUGGCGCGCGAGUGCGAGGCCACGCCCGGCGGCAACACCAGCCUCAACUGCCAGGACAUCCCCUCGUGGAACUACUGCGUCAGCGACGGGCCGCUCGUCGCCUACACCAUCUGGGUGAACGGCUACAUUGUCCUGUGUCCGCUCUUCUACGAGAGGCCCGCCCUGCCGCAGGAGUGUCAUCGUCAGGAUCACGCCACGACCCUGAUCCACGAGAUGACGCACGCGAGGGCCGUCGCGGAGCCCUUUACCGCCACGAGCGACCGCGCCUACGGCUACGACGCCGUCAUGAAGCUGGACAGCGCCAACUCGUUGGAUAAUGCCGAUACGUACUCUCUUUAUACCAAUGCCGUCCACCUCAACUGCUAAACUGCUAAAGCGGAUAAUGGUUGAAUUGUGAAAAAGUCGGAUCGGGUGGAGUUUUGUGUAUCGCAGAAUAUUAAACAGCUAAUAUAAAUCUAGCAAAAAUAUACAUGUGACUCGCUGUUCAAGGAG